AUGUGGGAGGAGCGUCAGCUUGUAUUGGGGUUUGGAGAGUUCUCUCUCAUGACGAUCGAUCUGCAUCUGUUUGCGAGUCUACUUAAACGCUUGCUUUUGGACAGCGACCAUGAAUUGUGUGAAGUGGCAGGCAGGGAGCCACCCGCACUAUACAACCGCGCAUCCAUCUCACACCCCAUUAUCUGUAUUACAGGCAACAGUGGAGAUUCAAAGUGCCCACAGCCCACCCCACUACCCCCGUACAGGCAACAAACGAAAGAGAACCAAACCGGUUCUCCGUUACAGCACCAGAUCUCCUCCUCGAGAGGAACAACCGACGACGACAACGCCUCGCUCCACAACGACCAAGACAACCCGAACCCCCUGGCGGCGGGGCCGUCCUUCGCCAAGCUCCAGCUAGAGGGGCAGGGCGAAGUCCUGGACGUGGUGGCGUGCGCCGCGCCCUCAGGGCUGUUCGAGGUCCGUUCCGAGCGGCACUCCCACGUCAUCCUCGCCUCGGGCGUCUCCCCAGCCCUCGCCUUCUACCCCAUCGGGUCCGAGUCCCGCUCGUUCGGGCUCGCGAGCAUUGCGUGGGCCGUCGCGUCGCGGGUAACGUCGCUGACGGUGGGAGCCCUCGACGGCCUGUUCGGCUUCGUGGGGCUCCGCGGAAGGGGUAAGAAGGCGGUGGGGGGGGGGGGCAGGGCCAAGGCCCAGGGCAGGAGAGGGGCGAACGGCGGUGGAGGCGAAGACAAAGACGGUGGCGGGGAAGACCCUUCCCCGGCGCCCCUCGUGCUGCAUUGGGACGGAGGGCUGCAGGACGGGUGGCGCAGGGUGUCGCGCCUCUUUCUGGGACCGUCCGGGAGGCUCGCGGCCGCCGCGGAUGGGUUUGGACGUGUCAUGCUCGUCGACUGCGCCACCCGGCAGAUCCUUCGCAUGUGGAAGGGCGUGAGGGACGCAGAAUGCGGGUGGCUGGAGGUUGUGGAGUCCUGGGAAGGACGUCGCGUCGAGUCGGUUGGACGGAAAGGCCGAUUCGCCGCUACCGCCGCCGCCGCCGCCCCGGCGCAACAGCCGGGAGAAUCGGUGGCGGCAACGACGCCCGUGGUCGGCCUCUACCUCGCUAUCCUAGCGCCUCUGCGCGGCCGAGUCGAGCUUUGGCGGAUGCGGCACGGACCGUGCGUGAGGGUCAUCUCCGCACCGGCCGGCGCUAGGCUGUUGACUUCUCGGCCGAGUCUGGCUGCCCCGUCUGGCGAUGGUGGUGUCAGCGUGGACGCCACCGGCAAGGGGAGACACGCCGAGGCGCUGACGAGCUGCUUUCUUCUCACUGGCGGUGCGGGCGGGUCUGAGGAAAGGAAGCUAAGGCUUAGCCCGCUCAUGGUCGAAGAGGAAGAUCUGGCCGAUCUGCCGAACAGGCUGUCCCGUGAGCCGACCGUUGAUGACCCCUAUCGACUCCGGAAGCUCGCAGCCGCCGUGGAGGAAAUGAGAACCCACGGGACCACCUCCCGCGCUGGACGGGGACAACCACGGGGAACUGCUACUACGCUAGACGUGGCCGGGGAGAGAGGGCGGCUGCCGGCUGGGCAGGAAGCUCGCGAAGAUGUCGUCUUUCAGCUGCUGUCACGUCUUGAGUCGGUCGAGUCCCUCGCCCAGGCGACCGCCUCGCUCGGUCCGGCGAUUCCGAAACCGUCGGCAACAUCGCCGGACUCGACAUCCGACCGCGCCCUCGAGCUAAGCGCCUCUUUCCAGAGGAGAGUCUCCGCUCUGUGCCGCGAGCGCGCCGAGCAAGCAGCUGCGGGCGCGGAGACCGAUGGUUCGAAGGACAAGGCUGCUGCUGCUGUUGCUGUUCCUCCCGCGGGGAACAACAAGUCCGGUGCAGCCGCGGCAGCGGCACUCCGUUUCCGCGCUGCCGCUUUCGAGCUCUACACCGUGCUCGAGUCCGUAGAACUCAACCCGGCUGGGGGGGACGAGGACGACCCGGCGUUUUUAGCUCCCGGGAACCGGGGAUGGAAGCACGGCGUCUUGUGCGAGGAGGCCGCCGGCUGGGCAGACAUGGUGCGGGAGACGGGAGGAGGAGCGCCGUUGCCGAGCGCCGAACUUCCCGACUUUCAGGAGUUCCUCGAAACCGUCGCGGUGGUGCUCGAGGUGGCGGAAGAACCUGCGGCAGGUUCUCGGCGCGUACCGCGCGGCGGCAGAGACAGAUCACCGCCAUUGUUGCGGUUCGUGGCGCCCGGUCACCGAGAUCGGGGACCCUCGAUUGGCGGCGGUGGCACCGGGUCUCGUCGGACCAGCCGAGACUCUACGUCUUCCGCCGAGUCCGCCCGAAGGUCGUCGUCGUCCUCUGCGGCAGAAGAAGCCGGCGGCGCUGCCGCUGCUGCUGCUGACUACGCAAGGUGCAGGACGCGGCUGUUCGGCUGGCUGUUCCGACCACUCUUGUCCGACGCUUUCGCGCUGGCCUCCUUGACGCAGGCGUUGUCGCUGCUGGGGCUAGGCGGGGGCAACGGCCAGGCGGCCGUGCUUGUCCGGGACCUAGCGGCGUGGUUCCUGGAGCUGCCGGUCGGGCGGGCGGCGGACACGACGGUGGGGCGGGAGGCUCAGAACUGCCCGGUGCUGCGGUGGCUCAAAGGGGUCAUUCUCGCUUGGGCGUCGUCGUCGACUAAGCGGUCUACCGCCGACGGCGGGGAAGAUGGCGACGACGGGGUGUCGUUUCUUGACCGCGAAACGGCGGCGCCCCCUGACACAGAGAGUCGGAUGAAGGAUCUUUUCGGGGACCCGGUGGUCAGAGGCCGAGGCGUUAUUGUUGCCGGUGGGACGGACGACGCCGACGGCGGCGAGGCCGCGUCUAGCGCCGGAGUUAGUAGCGCUCAGGACGAGCAAGAGGGGAGCGACGGAACCGUUGGCGAUGACGACGACGAAGAUCGAGAGGCGGAGGAGGGCGGCGAGAAGGAUGCGGAGGAGAUCUUGCGGCCCAUGUUCGAGGCGUGCGCCGCGUCUCAGCGGCUGGAGAACGCCUCCAUGCUGUCGGUGGUCACGGCCGAGGCGCUGGCGGCGUGCCGCGAGAAGCUGGAGGAGAGCUCCCUGGGGCAAGUCGCCAUCGGCGGCGGCGAAGCUUGGGUGACCCUUGCGAGGAGAUUGCGCCUGUGCUUGUUCCUGGACCACCGUCUUCACUGGGGAGUGUUGGCGGGGCAAAGGGACCGCGCGUCCUUGCGCCGGUUCGAGGAGGGCAAGGCCUCCGUCUACGCCUUCGUGGCCAAGGACCAGCUCAUGUCCUUCCGGGACCUGAGCUUCGCGGCGUGCUCGGCGCGAGAGCGAGGAGAGGUGGAGGCAUCCGCGCGGAGCCAGCGAGAGGCGGCGGAGGAGGCGAAAGCUGCCGCUGCCGGCGGUGGGAGGCAGCUGGUGAGGGGCGAGCAGCGCCGCCGCCCGUCGGCGCUAGCCGGUGAGGACGGAAUCGGCCAUGCGGUGGCGGCCGCCUCGAGCUUGGCAGACGCCCAGAUGGAUGAGCACUGGAGAGCGGUGCAAGCCGUGGCAGCGCGCGCCGGUAAUUCGCCGAUGAUGGCCGCCCUCGGAGGCGUUGUCCCGGCGGUUGCUGAGCCACGAGCAGGACCAGGGGGCAACCGGGAGAACAAACCCCGGCGCGAUGAACAGGCGUCGUCCCCUAGGGGUCACAGCCAUCGCAAGAGCGGUGAUGGAGCUGGCGCCGCGGAAGGAUCAGUCGUGCUACCCGGGACCUUCCCCGAGUCUCCUCCCACAUCCCUCUUCUUCAUGCGCUCGCACGCACAGCCGAUCGUCCUGGCCUGCCACCGUACCCGGUGGCUGGUGCUGUCGUGGGCAUCCACGGGGCCCCGGUCCGAAGAAGCUCUGCGGCGAGCGGCAGACCGGGGGGCUCUGUCGGAGUCGGUCGGGGCAACCGAGGCGGCCGUCCGGCGCCUGUCCCUUGCCGUGGACCACCUGAGCUACCUCCGGACCGCGAGACCUCUCCUGGCCGGGGGAGGGGCCGGAGGAAAGGUUCUCAGCUCCGCCGCCGACGUGUCGUUCAUGUCGCUGCUUACGGAGGGGGCGGUGCAGCGCUGCCCCUGGCCCGGGGCGUGGGAUCGCUGGGUGGAGGAGUGUCUUCGAGAUGCCCAGGUGCACCCUCCUCUGCAAGCCGCGGUGGCGGCCCAUUCGACGCUGCUGCGCGCCCUCCGGGUUAGCGCCGUCUGCGGCUUGCCGGAAGAGGACACGCUGGGGCUAUUCGAGCAAGGGCGCAGCCUCUGCGCGGACUCGUCUCUGUCUGACGAAAAUCUUGCCUCGCCGGCUGUUUCUGGCGGAGACCGACGUACGGCGGUAGGCGCCCCCCCCCCCGGCGAGGGUGUGCAAGGAGAGCGGCACGUCGUGGCCCAGAGAGAGUCAUACAUUCGGCGCGCGUUGGAUGCCGUGGUUCCGCGUCCGGCCCAAAACGUCUACAGGCUGGCGCGGGACUUCGGCGUGUCAGAAGACACCGUGCGCGGGUGGCACUGCCUGGUGUUGCUGAGGAGGGGGCAUGACGUAUUGGGCGAAGAGGCCUUGUCGCAGAUCUUCUCUCUGCAAGACCUUGCGGGAGACAUUCUGACGGUCAUGCGCCUCCGCCUGAAGCGAUUCUUGGACUUCCUGGAGACCUCCCCGAGCGCGUCGAGGGGGCUCCUGGCCAGCCUCGAUGCCGACACGUGCCGCUGGGUUCGCUCUGCGAGAUACCCGGAGGCUAGGGAGAAGGGGCAGGGGGGCGUGCAGUCGGAGAAGGAGGCGGGAGAGCCCCUGCGGUCGACGCACGGGGUGCUGCUGUGCCUCGCCAGAGCGUUGCCGAGGGAGUCGCGGCAAAAGCUCCAGGCAGACGCGCUAGUGGCAUUGGUAGGCACUAUGCUCCGGCACAUGGGCGGGGCGGGAGCUAGUGGGGCGGGAUACCAUAUGUAAACGCCUGCCGAAGAAGUUGUCAUGAGGGGUUAUUCCUAUGUGAAAAACGACAGUUUUGGUGCGGGUUUUCAGCCCGUCUGAGCGCACACACACUUUUUGUGCACGCAACAUCCCGGGAUGGCGUAAGCGUGUGUGCGCCGAAUUACAUUGUCGAAGGUGGGGCGGCGAGCAGGUCGCUGGUUUUGUCCUGGUCCUCUGGCAGUGUUUUGGUGUCUUCCCAGGUGUCG